AUGGGCUAUGCUAAGGGAAGUACCAGAUGGUAUUUGAAAGCUGCUAAGUCUAUACAAGCACCAUCUGCAUCUGCAGCAACUUUAGCCUCAGCCUUUACUCUAAUAUCAACAGCAGCUCAAUCCUCUUCCACACAAGAACUUGGCUUAUCUUCAGAAGCACCUUCUUGGUUCUUAUCCUUUCAACAAGACUUUUCUAGUUUCUCUUUUGAAGUACGCACUGGUCUUCAGAAUAUCAAGGCCAAGGUCACAUCACUUGAUAAACGGGUCACUCUUAUAGAGCAAUAUCAUACCAAAACUUCUAAGAGCAGUGAUCCCAUGGAAAUUAGCUCUGCUUAUCAGAGUACAAAUGAUGAUGAUGGUGAUGAUGAUGGUAAUGAUGAUGAUGAUGCAAAUGAUGAUGAUGCAAGAAAUUCUGAAAAUGAAGGUGAUGAAGAAAACACUGACGAAGAAGGGACUCAAGAAGAAGGAGGAGAAGAAGCAGACAAAGGAGAUGAUUCUGUAGAAGAAGACUAG